UCAUUCGUCACUCGUAGCUCGCAGUGCUUGAGUCGAGAGCGCGAGUGUUACGGUGGCUGACUUAAUAUACCAAUGCAUUUGUGAAUGUUUCAGUGGACACAGGAAAGACUGUCCACUGGUCAAGUGAAUACAAUCCAUUUGGAUAUAUCAAGCCGCUAUGUGGCUACAGUCACGGCGUGUAAUUUUGACUGUAGCGAUUUGUCUGCACGUGUAUCCCCCGCCGUUGACUAGGGGCCUGCAGAUUGCAGAAGCUGUAGCCGGAGUCCCCCACGAAUCGGUGUGCUCCCAUGAUACAUUCCUGUGCCCCAAUGAGACAGAGAUCGGCCACCACUGUAUUCCACGCAGCUGGCUCUGUGAUGGAGACGAGGACUGCGCAAAUGGAGAGGACGAACUUGCCAACUGCAGCAUCCCGACCUGUGAAGCUGGACACUUCCAUUGUGUGAAGGGCACUCCCUUCUGUGUGAAGGAGGGCUAUGUGUGUGACGGGGAAGAGGACUGCAGUGAUGGGUCCGACGAAUCCCCACAAGAAUGCGUGAAACUUAAGGGCGGGAAACAUGCACGAGGUGACGCCAUCGACAGCUUUAAGUGUCUUCCAAACCAGUAUUUAUGUCCUGGCACCCUCCACUGUAUUCCCCUGACGAGAGUCUGUGACUCCAUGGUGGACUGUGAAGACAAUGGCGCCGACGAGGGAGCCCAUUGUGCCAACUAUGGGUGCCGGGCACAGCAGUGUGAGUACAUGUGCAAGGAAACCCUGAAGGGGCCGCAGUGCUACUGCCAGGAGGGCCAACAGAUCAGCGACAAGAACCCCAUCAAAUGUGUUGAUUUUAAUGAGUGUAAGAUUGAUGGUUUCUGCGACCAAAACUGUGACAACACCAAUGGCAGCUACAACUGUUCCUGUACGACGGGGUACAAGGCCGGGAAGAUGGGACGAUGUAGAGCCAUUGGCUCUGCACCGGCCAGGCUCCUCGUUGCCAACUACGGCAACCUCCUCCUCAUUGACCUGUCCACCAACGCCGUGUCUCCAUCCUUCAACAUUACCGGCGACAGGAUCACCACGCUAGAUUUCGACUACCAGAACAACUCAGCCUGCUGGUUGUCAUACAAUCAUACCAAGGCAGACAAUGAGCUUCAGUGUGCAGACCUACACGACAGCUCGAAACAGUGGAAGAUACCCACCCACUUCAAACUUACAUCUGUGAAUCAAAUUGCCAAAGACUGGAUGUCUGGAAACUGGUAUUUUGCUGACGACAAACGAGAUCAGAUCUUUCUGUGCACAGCUACUGGCGAACAUUGUCUGACAGUGCUCAACUAUGGAAUAAGUCAGCCUAAGAGUAUUGCCAUCGAUGCAUCCAGAGGGUAUAUAUUCUACGCAGAUUGGUCAUCACAGUCCAAGAUCGGGAGAGCAAAUCUCGACGGUUCUGAAGCUCAUGGCAUUGUGACGCGGAAGAUCGUCCACCCCAGCGGCAUCACCCUGGACUACGCCAACAAACACGUGUACUGGGGAGACACCUUCCUCAACCUUGUUGAGCGAGCAGACUACGACGGCAACAACCGGAGAACCGUGUCCCCAGGGACAAUUAUUAAGCCGCGGUAUGGACUAACACUUUUUGAAAAUGCCCUAUAUGUGUCUAACCUGCAAAAGCGCAACCACAGCGUCGUACAACUGCACCGCUACGACCGCACCAUCCCGCCGCAAGUGAUCAAGAAGGACGUCAUCAAGCCUGGCGCCCUGCAGGUGGUGCACCCCGUGAGACAGCCAGGCCACAAAAAUGUUCAGAUUCGUAAGAAUAAGUGCAGCCAGAUCUGCAUCCCGAUGCCGUUCGUGAGUGGCGGAGUUCAAGCUACAUGUGCCUGCCGGGCGGGCUUCCGACUGCACAAUGGAACCCAGUGUGAAAAGAAAAUACCGGACAAGUUCCUGCUAUACGCCAGCGCCCAGCAAGGAAGUGUACACGGCAUUUCAUUGGACCCAAGCAUUGCGCACGACGUCAUGGUACCCAUCCAGAACCUCAACCGACCAAUCGCAUUGGCUCCCCAUUCCUCGACGGGCAUUGUGUACUUCUCCGAUGUCAGCAAGAUGCAAAUACGGCGGCGGAAUGUGGACAGUGAAGAAGAAUCUGAACUUUUCCUUGAUUCAGGAGUGACUCGGUGUGAGGGUCUGGCCAUCGACUGGGUGGGCAACAACCUGUACUGGACUGAUGACGGCCACCAGUCAAUCAACGUCGUCAGGCUCGACAACACCUCCAUGGUCUACACCGUCGUCAACGGCACCAACCAUCCACGGUCCAUGGUCGUAGAUCCAAAUGAAGGCAUGAUGUACUGGAUUGACCUCCUGUGGAGACACCCUGGCGACAUUGUAGCUAAGAUCGAACAGGCUGCGCUGGAUGGCAGUGGCCGGAGAGACCUGGUUAACCAGACCAUCAAGUGGCCGAACAGCCUCACUCUGGAUACAGCCAGUCACAGGCUGUACUGGACCGACGCUUACUACGACAAGAUCGAAAGUAUCUUGACUAAUGGGUCGGACAGACGGACGGAGCGAGAUCUUGAGGGCGUCAGUCACAGCCAUCCCUACGGCAUCGUCUUCUACAGCGACCGCCUCUACUGGACAGAGUCGCUCAAGGGGUUGGUGGACACGUUCAAUGAAACCAGCAACUCUGUCGUCCAUCUUCGCACUGACAGUUCCCCACUGUUUGACCUUGUGCUGUUUGACAGGACGGCACAAACUGUUGAUGGGGAUAAACCAUGUGCAGUGGACAACGGAGGCUGCAGCGACCUCUGUCUGUCCGUACCGGAGGGCAAGGUGUGUGCUUGUGCUAAUGGCCGCACACUGACUGACAACAAGCUGACGUGUGAAGACAUUCCUAACUACCAACUGCCACCGAAGUGUGACAAGAACUUCAAGUUCCAGUGCAAGGACGGCAGCUGCAUCAACAACCAGUUCAAGUGUGACGGCGACUAUAACUGCCCCGACCGGUCGGACGAGGAUGUUGGGGAGGAGGGACCUUGCAGUAACGUCACCUGCCCUGAUGAUAUGUUCGCCUGUGGCAACAAGCGCUGCAUCUACGCCCAGUUCGUGUGUGACGGCGAGCCGGACUGUAUCGACGAGAGAGAUGAACAUGCCAAUACCUGUAACAGCAACCGCAAGUGUCCGGCCAACUACACUAUGUGCAAGGACUCGCACCGCUGCAUCCCCGAGAGCUGGAGGUGUGACCACGACAAUGACUGCGCAGACGGCUCGGACGAAGACGACUCGUGUGGUUACAACACCAGCUGCAGCUUUGACCAGAUCCAGUGUCUGAGUGGGCGCUGCAUCCCCUACAUGUACCGCUGCGACAACGAGUACGACUGCAAAGACCACUCGGAUGAGUGGGACUGCAGCAACCGGUGUGACCUCAAGCGGGAGUUCAAGUGCACCAACAGCAGCGUCUGUCUCCCCCUCAUCUACAAGUGCGACAACGAGUUCAACUGCGCAGACAAGUCGGACGAGAUGGACUGUGACCACCCCGUGAGCCAGUGCCAUGAGAGCGAGUUCCAGUGCAGCAGCGGCAGCUGCAUCACCACCAUCUGGCGCUGCGACGGCGACAAGGACUGCCAGGAUGGGUCCGAUGAGAAGGAUUGCAGUAAGGGCAACGUGACGUGUCACACGGCGGAGUUCAGGUGUGACGAUGGAAGUCGCUGCAUCCCCAAGUCGUGGAAGUGUGACAUGGACGCCGACUGCAGCGACCAGUCUGAUGAGAAACCUGACGAGUGCACGUAUCACAAAGCAUGCGAAGCACCCAAGUUCAGUUGCCAUGACAACAAUACUUGCCUUCCAUUGGAGAAGCUGUGUGACGACCACAGUGACUGCGCCGACGGUUCUGACGAGGGUCGCCUCUGUGGGUACGACCUAUGUAUCAACAAUGACUGCAGCCACCACUGCCACAAGAGCCCCAACGGCUACGUCUGCUACUGCCCUGACAACAUGAGACUCAGCGCCAACAACAGCACAUGUGUCCCCCAGGACAUCUGUGAGAGAUGGGGGAUCUGUAGCCAGAGCUGUUCCUCCACCCCGCUGGGACAUCAGUGUCUCUGCCACCCCGGAUACACCCUCGCCAAUGACAGAUACAGCUGCAAGCCCAAUGAUUCUGUGCCCAUCUACAUCAUCUACUCCAACCGCCACGAGAUUCGGCGUUACGACCUCGGCACCAUGAACUACAUCUCCCUUGUCUCUGGCCUCCGCAACACCAUUGCCCUCGACUUCCACUACGCUGAUAACGCCAUCUUCUGGACCGAUGUGGUUGACGACAAAAUCUACAGGGGCCAGAUGAUUUCCAACACUUUAGUUGAGGUAGCCGACCAGUCUGAGUUACCAUCAAUCACGGACAUCAAGCCCAUUAUUGAUGUCGGCCUAGCAACGACAGAAGGCUUGGCCAUUGACUGGAUCGCGGGAAACAUCUACUGGGUGGAGAGCAACCUAGACCAGAUCGAGGUGGCACAGCUGGACGGCAGCAACCGCUCCACCUUGGUUGCAGGCAACAUGAUCAGCCCUCGCGCCAUCGUCCUCGACCCCAGAGACGGAUUGUUGUUCUGGACGGACUGGGAUGGAACCAAGCCUCGUAUUGAAAGCUGCUCAAUGAGUGGGGAAAGCCGAAAGGUCGUGUAUGACAUCACAAGGAUCCAGGGUGGAGGGUGGCCCAAUGGCCUCACCAUCGACUAUGAGGCCAGGCGACUCUACUGGGCUGAUGCAAGAUCCGACUCUGUCCACACCAGCACGUACGAGGGCCUGGACCACCAUCUUGUUGUGCACAACCAUGACGCUCUGGCACAUCCAUUUGCCCUCACUCUCUUCGAGCACUAUGUGUACUGGACAGACUGGAGAACCAACUCACUUGUCAGGGCCAACAAAUUCAAUGGUUCUGACGUCCUGACGAUUCAGAGAACGUUUACCCAACCAUUUGACCUGCAAGUCUUCCACCCUAAGAGACAACCACCAGCCAUCAACCCCUGUCGUGAGAACAAUGGCGGCUGUUCCAACUUGUGCCUCAUUGGCUUCAACCACACCGCCAACUGCAUGUGUCCCCACCGCAUGAAGCUUGAGGCGAACAACAAGACAUGUGUUGCUGACAACAAGUUCCUGUUGUUCGUGAAGGAGAAUGAGAUCCGUGGUGUUGACCUGAACAACGCCCACUACAACGUCAUCCCCUCCAUCACAGUACCCUUUGUGGAGAACGCCACCGCCAUUGACUACGACAGCUCCGAGGACAAGCUGUACUGGACGGACAAGAAACGCAACGUCAUCCGCAGUGCUUUCAUCAAUGGAACUGGAAUUGAAACCAUCAUAGACUCGGGAAUAUCCAACCCUGAGGGGUUUGCGAUUGACUGGUUGUCCAAGAACAUGUACUUUUCUUCCUACAAUGACCAGAAGGCUUCGAUAUCGGUGGCCAAACUGGACGGCGCCUACCGGAUCGAGAUUGUCAGCACUGUAGCAACAGCCAACGCCAACCUGCUGAGACCCAACUCCAUUGCUGUCCACCCCAAGAAAGGAUUGUUGUUCUGGUCUGACCUGGGAGGGGACAAGCACCGCAUCCUGAAGGCCAACAUGGAUGGAAGCAACGCUCAAGUCAUCAUCGAGGACGCCAAACACCCGACAAGUUUGACGGUGGACAUGAAGGGCAACAAGCUGUACUGGAUCAGCCGGCAGAACCACACCGUCAACAUCUGUGAGCUGGACGGUUCCAAUCUCAGACAGUACACCCGGGAUGUCAUGGACAUCGAGUCUCCAGUUUCCAUGACAGUCUACGACAACACCAUCUACGUGGCCAACACCAGCAACAUCCUCAAGUUCGACACCAAGAAGAAGAAGAUGCAGUCGAUGAGGGACAACACGCCCCACGUCUACGCCAUGCAGGUGUACGACCCCAGCAGUCGCAAGGAUGGGAGCAACGGUUGUCAUAAGUCCAAUGGUGGCUGUGAACAGAUGUGCCUGCCGACUGGCGAGACGUCCAAGAUCUGCAAGUGUACAGCAGGCUUCACUUUGAGCACUUUAGAGAAAUGCCAAGGCAUCCUGUCCUUCCUGUUGUAUUCCACGGAGUCAGAGAUCAGGGGCUUCUCAUUGGGCGACCCCAAGACCGAGGCAUUGGCACCAAUCUCAAAAAUAUCUCUAGCAGCUGCUGUGGACUUCCAUGCUUACACCGACUCCAUCUUCUGGGUGGACAGCAACUCGCGGACGAUCUCCCGCAUCAAGCGUGACCUGACGGGUCGGGAAACUGUCAUCAGCGAAGGCAUCAACGGCAUCGAGGGGAUAGCUGUCGACUGGAUCGCUGGCAACAUCUACUGGACUGACAGGGGACAUGACACUGUAGAAGUGUCCUCACUGAAUGGUUCAAAUCGCUACGUCGUCAUGCACGGCGACAUGGAGAAACCAAGGGCCCUCGCAGUCCAUCCAGUGCUGGGUUACAUCUUCUUCUCAGACUGUGGAGCCAAGCCAAAGAUAGUUCGAGCCCACCUGGAUGGGUCCAACCGCACCGACUGGAUCAACACGGACAUCAAGGCCCCCUUCGGUCUGACCAUUGACUACAAAUCCAACCUGCUGUUCUGGUGCGACAAGGACUUGGAUGUCAUUGAGAGUGUCGACAUUGUGUCCAAGAAGAGGACGGUCAUUUAUCGGAACCUCACAGACUGUAUGUCUCUCACAGUCUACGAUGAUUACGUUUACUGGGCAGACUCAACGCUGGAGGCCGGGUCGAUUGCACGAGCUAACAAAAAGGACGGGAGCGACAUGAAGGUGCUGAGACAAGGGCUGCCCCAGAAGCUGAAGGAUAUCAAGGUGUUUGACAAGCACAGGCAGACGGGCACCAAUGUAUGCAGCAAGAACAAAUAUGGCUGUGAGCAGCUGUGUUUGUACAGAGGGUCCGAUGCCAGUUGUGCCUGCUCCUACGGCAAGCUGAGCUCCGAUGGCCGCAAGUGUGAAGAAUACACUGAGUUCCUGCUGUUCUCGGAAGUGACCUCCCUCCAGAGUAUCCACAUGAAGGACAAGCCCGACCCCAACGCCAUCUUGAAGCCCGAUCCCAACCCCCCUAUCAAGCCCAUCCAUAACGCCACAUACAUGAAGAAUGUCAUAGGACUGGCCAUGGACCACGCCUCUCAGAGGAUCUUCUACAGCGACAUCCAGAGAGGAGACAUUCAGUCAGUGUCCUACAAUGGGUCGGAUAUUACAGUGAUUGUUGAAGGAGUGGGAGCAGCAGAGGGGCUGGCAUUUGACCCCGACACGGGGGACCUGUACUGGACCAGCUACACCAACUCCUCCAUCAGCAAGAUCAACCUACGUAAGCCGCCCAAGGAAAGACAGGUUAAAGUCAUCAUCCAGCUCACCACUGAGGAUCAUCCCCGGGCUAUCGUCAUAGAUGUCUGUCAGAACAAAUUGUUUUGGACCAACUGGAAUGACCAGAAGCCGAGCAUCCAGUCGGCCUUCUUGACCGGGUACAAACCCAAGUCGAUCAUCACAGAGGACGUGCGGACCCCGAACGGCCUGACCGUGGACCACCGUGCCCAGAAGCUGUACUGGACCGACGCCCGACUGGACAAGAUAGAGAGAUGCGAAUUUGAUGGCAGUAACCGAGUGAUAAUUGUGACCAAGAUUCCCCAACACUCCUUUGGCAUUGCCGUCUAUGGAGACUUCAUCUACUGGACAGACUGGAUGCUGCGUGCUGUCCUCCGUGCCAACAAGUACACAGGGUCGGGCCUCACGUGGCUCCGGAAGGGCAUCAAGCGGCAGCCCAUGGGCAUCAUGGCCGUCACCAACGACACCAACGACUGUACCACGAAUCCUUGCCAUGGCAACAAGUUCGGCUGUGACGAGAUCUGCACGGCAAAUACGCAUGGUGAGCCAGUGUGCAGCUGUCGUGAGGGGCACGUUCUCCUGAAGGACAAGAUGCGAUGUGUUGAUGCAUCGGUUGUUAGUGGUUGUGGCAUGAAUGACUUUGUGUGUGAUGACAAAAAGAGAUGUGUUGACAUCAGCAAGACAUGCAACAUCAUCAACGACUGCCUCGAUGCCAGCGAUGAGGACCCAGCCCUUUGUGUGGGGACCAGGCAGUGCCCAGCGGACUACUUCACGUGCAACAAGACCGGGCGCUGUAUCACCAUCGACAAGAUCUGCGACGGCAACACCGACUGUGGCUCGGAUGAUGAGUCGGAUGAGUACAAGUGCCCCUGCAAGGUCAACGAGUUCCAGUGUGCCAACGGCAGGUGUAUCAACCUCAAGUACAGGUGUGAUCGGGACAGCGACUGCUCGGACCACUCCGAUGAAAUUGGAUGUAACCUGACAUGCUCGGAGCUGGAGAUCGACGGGGAAUUCCUGGAGGGUCUGGUCUCCUGCAACACGACGUCCGCCUGCAUCUACCCCAGCUGGAAGUGUGACGGCAGCAACGACUGUUGGGAUAACAGUGACGAGGAGGACUGUGGCAAACGUACAGACACACCGUGUCCGGACGGAGCGUUCGCCUGCAAGUCCGGGAGCUGCAUACCCCCUCAGUGGAACUGUGACAAGGACAAUGACUGUGGGGACAACUCCGACGAGAAGAACUGCACCUAUCUCUGUGAUGAGAACCAGUUCAAGUGUGAGGACGCCACCUGCAUCCCCAGCACCUGGCAGUGUGAUGGCCACCCAGACUGCCCCGACGAGAGCGACGAGGGUGACCUCUGCAAAAACCGCACGUGUGAUCCCAACAAGUUCCAGUGUCAAAGUGGUCGGUGCAUCCCGCUUACCUGGAAGUGUGAUCGUGACACGGACUGUAUCGAUGGUGCUGACGAGGGGCACACAUUUGCUGACUGCCCAGUUCCUCACUGCGAGGCUGAUGAAUUCUCCUGCUCCAACAAGCGCUGUAUUCGCAUGGCCUUCUACUGUGACCAUGACGACGACUGCGGAGACAACUCGGACGAACCUCAAUCUUGUGCGGACCAGCGCUGUGCCCCCAAUGAGUUCCAGUGUGCCAACAAAGGCAAGUGUAUCCCCGCUGAAGAGCGCUGUGACAACUACUUCGACUGCCCCGAUCAUUCAGAUGAGAAGAACUGUGAAGUAUUGCCAUGUGGAAACGUGACACAAUUCCAGUGCCAGAACAACGUCUGUAUCGACGACGAACUCGUCUGCAACGGUAACAACGACUGCGGGGACAUGUCAGAUGAACCAGACAACUGCGGGAUCAAUGAGUGCUUGUCUACCGCCCACCACAAGAACCGCACCUACUGCACUCAGAAGUGCAAGGACAAGAAGAUCGGUUUCGAGUGUUAUUGUCGCCAUGGUUACAAGCUCGAUGAGGACAAGGUUACUUGUGUUGAUGUGAACGAGUGCAACACCUCCUUCCCCUGCAGCCACUACUGCCAGAACACCAUGGGGUCCUACAAGUGCUCCUGUCCCAAGUUCUACGUCAAGGAGCCGGAUGGCAAGCGCUGCAAAGCAAAAGGGGACCCUCCAAUUUUGUUGGUGUCCAACCGCUACUAUAUUCGGAACGUGACGGUAACCGGCGGGAGUACACAGAUCCUGACAGACAAGCUGUUCAACUCUGUUGCCAUUGACUACGACUGGAAGGACAAGUUCAUCUACUGGAGCGACAUCACCAGCGUCAACAGCAGCAUCAACAGAAUGUCCUUUGAUAAAAACGCUUCCAACAAAACGGAGAUAUUACACAGCACAACCGUUCGGAAUCCUGAUGGCAUUGCCGUUGACUGGAUCGGGCGCAAUCUUUACUGGUGUGACAAGACAACAGACACGAUAGAAGUUUCCAAACUUAAUGGAAGUUUCCGCAAGGUGCUACUUCGUGAAGGGCUCCAGGAGCCACGCGGACUCGACGUCUUCCCCGCGCGCGGCUACUUGUACUUCACCGACUGGGGUGAUACACCUCACAUCAGCCGCAUCUGGAUGGAUGGAACAAACCGACAGACUAUCAUCAAGGAACACCUGGCCUGGCCCAAUGCACUCACCAUCGACUACAUCACGGAGAAGAUCUACUGGGCGGACGGAAGCCUCGAUUAUAUCGGGAUGGCCAACUUGGAUGGUAGCCAUCGUAGGAUUGUUGUGCGCGACAACACGGUUGUGCCCCAUGUCUUCGCUCUGGCUACUUUUGAAAGCUUCAUCUUCUGGUCAGAUUGGGAGAAGACGGCUAUAUACUAUGCGGACAAGUUUACUGGCAAAGAUCCAAAGCUGCUGGUGAAGAUGGUUCAUCGCCCCAUGGACAUCCAAGUGUUGCAGCAGCACAGGCAGUUGCCAGGUCCCAAUGAGACGGAGUAUAAUUCCUGUGCGCUAAGUGGCUGCACGCAUCUGUGUCUGCUCCGGCCAACGCUGCACAACCGAUACAGCCACAUCGAGCAUGUGUGUGCAUGCCCUGAGAACCACUACCUUGCCGGGGACAAGAAGACCUGCAUCUCCAACUGCACAAGUGCUCAGAUACUGUGCAAGAAGACGUCCAAGUGCAUCCCAAAGUGGUGGAGGUGUGACAACCACACAGACUGUGAGGAUGGAUCUGAUGAACCUCCAGAUUGUCACACCUACUACUGCGACCAGCCCGGCCUGUUCCAGUGCCGAAAUGCUUCCAGUGCUCAGGACUGCCACAUUCCCACUGUUCAAUGUGACAGUGAGAGACAGUGCACCGACGGGUCAGAUGAAGAACACUGUGAUUCCUACCCGUGUAUGGAGCACCAGUUCAAGUGUCACAAGGAGAACAAGUGCAUCUCCAAGACGCUGCAGUGUAAUGGCAACAGCGACUGCGUCGAUGGGGAGGAUGAAAAUGAAUGUCCCAAUUCCUCCUGCAAUGCUAACCAGUUCUCCUGCAACAAUGGGCGCUGUGUCCCGUACGUGUGGCUCUGUGACAAUGACAAUGACUGUGGUGACAGCUCGGAUGAGCCCAAGAACUGCACCAGCCUGAACUGCAAGAGUGACCACACCAAAUGCAACAUCACCGGCCGCUGCAUCCCCAACGCCUGGAAGUGUGAUGGCGACCCCGACUGUGGCGAACAGGAUGACACCGACGAGAAAUAUGAAGAAUGCCAUAAGCGAACAUGUGACCCAACGUACUUCCACUGUGACAACGGCCACUGCAUCCCGGGUCGCUGGAAGUGUGACUACUACGAUGACUGUCGUGACGGGUCGGACGAGAAGGAGUGUGUCCCGCGGAACUGCUCGGAAGCAGAGCACCGGUGUGACAAUGGCAAGUGUAUCCGGAAGAACAACCUGUGCGAUGGAGAAGUCCAUUGUGAAGAUGGCAGUGAUGAAAAGAAUUGCUCAAAGUAUGUGAACUGCACUGCCUCGCAAUUCAAGUGUCUGAAUGUUCUCCACUGCAUUCCCAAGACGUGGCACUGCGAUGGCGAUAUUGACUGCGCUGACGGAACUGACGAGUGGUCCUGUGACAGGAACUGUACGAAGGAUGAGUUCCGCUGCAACAAUUCGAUGUGCAUGCCGCUGUUGUGGCAGUGUGAUGGCGACAACGAUUGUGGAGACGGUUCUGAUGAGAGCCCCAAAAUGUGUGCCAAAUCGGGCUGUGCUCCGGGCAGGUUCCGCUGUAAAAACAACGUCUGCAUCUGGGGCAGCAUGGUCUGCGACGGCAGCAAGGACUGCCUUGAUGGCUCUGACGAGGAUCACUGUCCCGGGGAGCACCAGUGUCGGGAAAUGGACUUCAAGUGCCACAACUCCCGCCAGUGCAUUGGCCAGACCAUGGUGUGUGAUGGCACCCCACACUGCGAGGACAAGUCUGAUGAAGACACUCGCUACUGCGAGACUGUGAGGAAGAACCUGGUGUGCUCAGUGAAGAACGGAGGCUGUGAGCAGCAAUGUCGCGAUCUGACCAAGGGUAUCAGGUGUGACUGUAAGGAUGGCUUCAAGCUCAACCACGACGGCUUCCGAUGUGAUCCUGUCAACCCGUGUGACCAGUGGGGCGUCUGCUCACAGAAGUGCAACUACACCAUGGACGAGCGCCACCACUACUGCUGGUGUCGGGAGGGAUACAGUCGCAAGUUCGGGGCAGAGGGGGCCUGUUCAGCAGAUGGGCCGCCACCUGUCAUCUUGAUUGCAGAGAAGACGGUGCUGUUGCAGAGUCCCACCCAGGUCAACCUGAACACCACUAUCGACGUCAAAACCAUCAACGUUACGCUACACAAUAAGAAGAAGAACAGUAUUGUAGCGAUGGACAUCGACACAACCAAAGCUGAGUGGACUGCUUUCAUCGUAACGGAGGAUAAGGAUGACAUGGUGUUUGUUCACAAAGACGUCUUGAAGAACACCCCCAACAAACGCUCCAAGCGGGACCAGAAAUCUAAGGGUCCACAGCUGUGGUUUGGCCAUGCAAAGAUUUCAGACAUAUCCUUGGACUGGGUUCUGAAACGUAUCUACUACAUUGAUUCUACAACCAAGUCCAUCCAACUGCGGACGUACGAUGGCAGCAACCAAAUCCACAUCAUCGACAGCGGACUGGAUCAACCCCACUCCAUCGCCGUGGAUCCCAACUCUGGGAAGAUCUUCUGGACAGAACAAGGGGUGCGGCCAAAGAUCGAGAGCGCCAACUUGGACGGAAGCAAUAGGACAGUGCUGGUCAGUGACGAGCUGGACUGGCCGAACGGCAUCGCGGUGGACCACGAGAACGGCUGGGUGUACUGGUGCGACACGAAGAAGAGCACGGUGGAGACGGUCAGUGUUAACGGCAAGGGAAGGACCAUCGUGCAGAGGUUCAAUGAGUCGGACCCCCCAUUCAAGCUGGAGGUGUUCGAGGACUACCUGUAUGUCCUAACAUUCCACAAGUACCAGCUGCUCAGACUCCACAAGUUUGGGCGCACCCAAAACCACACCCCGGUUGAGCCCCAGGUUGUCUACACAGGCCUGGAACACAUCAGCGCCAUCGUCGUGGCCCAGGAUCAGAAGAUGAACAAUGACUUGCCCAACAACUGUACCAGGGACACCCACUGCGGCAAGGCCAUGUGCUUCAACGCUCCUGAUUCCACCAAGGGACAUUCCUGCAAAUGUCCGAAGUAUUCCAAGUACUUGAAUGGUGGCAGAUGUGACUUCGUCAAACCCUGCCAGAACUUCUGUGUGAACGGAAACUGCACAAUGACGAUGUACAACGAGCCUAAAUGCAGCUGCCAGGUCGGCUACACUGGGGACAAGUGCGAGGUCAACGUCUGUGACAACUACUGCGACGGCGGCGGCUCAUGCAGCAUGCCCAAGGACCACGACUCAAGUCCCACCUGCAGCUGCCCCCCCGGCUAUGAGGGACCCCGCUGCCGGACCUACCUGUGUGCCGGCUACUGCAAGCACGGGACCUGCCUCAUCGACAAGAUCACCAAGAAGGCCCUGUGCAUCUGUGACGUGCGCUACUCUGGCGAGAGAUGCACCGAGAAGAAGAAGACGUGGUGUGGGCAGUACUGCAUCAGUGGCAACUACCUGAACUGCACCACCCUGCGCAGCGGCCAACCCCAGUGUCUAUGCAAGGAAGGCUUCAAAGGCCAUCGCUGUGAGCAGUGUGAGGAUCUAUUCUGCUACAACAGUGGCAUUUGUAUGGUGGACAGCCAAAACCAGCGCACGUGUCACUGCCCGAAGACCUUUGAGCCCUCCACUCAGUGCACAGAACACACGUGUGACUACAUGUGUCAGAGCAACACACCUUCAGAUCGCUGUACAUGUAAUGACAAGUGCCCCGGCCCCGCCCCUGCUUGUGUCAGCAUCAGCCCCAACUGUUCUGGCUUCUGCAAGAAUGGUGGAAAAUGCAUAUUAGAGAACGGGAAGAAGACGUGCCUGUGCAGUAGUGUACACAAGGGCCCCAGGUGCGACUCAUGUCGGUGUGGUCAGGGCGGGGAGUGUAUCCACACUAAAGACGGCCAGUACAAGUGCAGGUGUUUCUAUGGUCAUGUGGGGCUGCUCUGCCAGCAUGCGUGUGCAGGUGUCUGUCACAAUGGAGGAAGGUGUGACGGCUGUCACCUCGGCCGCCACCACAAUGCCACCUGUCAGUUCUGCAUUUGUAAGGAAGGUUUCUCUGGGACAUUAUGUGAAGACAGCGGGAUAACCAAGCCAGUCGUCCACCAGCCCCAGGGUGUCCUCAACCCGUUGUACAUCAUCAUCCCGGCAAUAGCCCUGGUCCUGGUGCUGCUCCUCGUCCUUGGUAUCGUCUUCUACAGGAGGAAACAGAGGGUGGAGCAGUACGGCCACAAGCGGAUGAAGGAACCCAACAGGAUGGAUGUGAAGAACCCCAUGUACCUGCGCCACGAGGAGGAGCCGGACGAGAGAGACCCACUCGGAAAUAAUCCUAUAUUUAGAGGCGAUGCUUCCACAAACUUCGCCAAUCCGAUGUACGACGUGUACAACACGAGUGAGAGCAUGCAGAUGCUGUUGAACCAGGAGGUUGUGCACGACAGCGAGGAGAACCAACUGCUGGAGGAGGGGUCCAAUGUGCGCUACUUCGGAACAGGAGAUAACGCCACAAAACCUGCUAAAGCGUGAUGAAGGACAUGCUUCAGAUGUGGCGACAUCUGAUUCCCGGAACCGGACAAGAGUUACAAUCAAGACAUGACUUGCCAAAGUGCUCAUAUAUACAUAUAUAUAAAUAUAUAUAUAUAUUUAUUCAAAGGACAACAGUGAUGGUUAUGUGACCUUGACAUGAUCUUUCAGGGUCAAGGUGACAGCGUCCGUGACCUUUAAGUGUGAUAGAUGCAGUGAAGCGCUAACAGGGAGUAUAUACAACUGUGAUCAUGAGACUUUGUAUCUAUGGUUGUGAUGAAACUGCUUCAGAUCAAAAGGUCAAGGUCACAUGGUUGACCUUAAGAGGUCAAAGUUCGGAUACUGCUGCUACUUGUUCCAGUAAUGGAAUGGACUAAUUCUAUGGUUUAUUUUAUAUGGAUAUAACCUUUAUUAUUUACAAAUUCAGCUACAGCAGUUUAUGAAAAUCUCGAGGAUCUGCAAUUGUUAAAUCUUUUAACAAAACAACUAUUUUUAUAACUUUUAUAUGACUGUUUGAUCAUUAAGGUAGUGUCUUGGUGGGACUGAGGUGCAGACACAAAAGGCCACGGGAGGCCACAACAAAUUAUCACUUGUUCCUCACAGGUUUUAGUCGGAUCGUCAGAUGUUUUAUUUGCUAGGUCGUCAGAUGUUUUAUUUGCUAGGUCGUCAGAUGUUUUAUUUCCUAGGUCAUGUGAUGUUUUAUUUCCUAGGUCAUGUGGUGUUUUAUUUCCUAGGUCGUGUGAUGUUUUAUUUGCUAGGUCACGUGAUGCUUUAUUUGCUAGGUUGUCAGAUGUUUUAUUUGCUAGGUCAUAUGAUGUUUUAAUUACUAGAUCAGAUAAUUUAAUUACCACGUCAUCAUAUUGUUCAAUUAAAAGGUCAACCUAGGUUUUAAUAACUAGGCUGUGUUAUGUUUUAAUUUCUAUGUCAUCAUAUCUUUUAAUUACAGGUCGUCUUAUGUUUUAAUUACUAGUUCAGAUGUUUUAAUUACUAGGUCAUUAAAUGUUUUCAUUCCAAGGUCGUCAGAUAUUUUAAUUAGUAGGUCAGAUGUUUUGAUAACCAGAUUAUCAGAUAUUAAAAUUCCUAGGUCAUCUGAUGUUUUAAUUACCAGAUCAUCAGAUAUUCAAAGUACUAGUUUGUCAGAUGUUUGAGCCAUAUUUGAUCACACUUGGGGUCACAUGGGGGGUAGAAAUUUGUGAUAAAAAAGUAUUCCUACAUUGGUUGCUAGGCAGUAGUUUCUGUUGCUUGGGAAUGUUAUAGGUAGUCUUUGGUGACUUUGGAGGAUGAACAAGUCCUUAAUUUGUUGUGUCUUUUUGGGGUACAUUAUGCAGAACUAUCCCCAAAGAUGGAUGAAAUUCCCCAGCAGAGACACGCACGCCUGUCUCCCUGUCCUCUCAUUUAGGAGCUUCUAUUUAAAACUGUUCAUGUUUUAAGCUGAAAUGCAUUGUUUGCUUUUGAAAGUAAUUGUACAGAUUUAUAGGUCAUUUCUUGUAAAUACUUCUUUUUAGUCCAGUCAUUCUAUAUUCUAUACAAUUCCAUCAUAACUAGAAAAAGUCCCUCGUACAAACAAGGAUAUAGAUGUUUCAGACUUUGCAAACACAUGGGUUUCAUUGCCAGUGCGGACAUGUGGCUGUUCGGUGUGAAACUGCUUUAAGUGUUAACAUGGCCGAAAGCUUUAACUGAAUCACUGUGUUACGUCUUCCCAUCUUUCUGAUGCAGCAGCUGUAUCUUAAUUACUUUUCAUAUUACGUAUUUUAAUUAUGUAUCUUAAGUGUUCUGUAUGAAGUUUGUAAGGUAUCAUACUUCAGGUAUCACAAAGAUUAUUUCUUAUCUAUUUUUGUACAUUUGAUUGUAUAUAAAUAGAAUAUGUCCAAUAAGAUUUAACCAUUCAUUGAUUGAAGGAAAUCAUCAGGCCUAUUUUCAAUCAAUUUCUUUUUGGCUAUAACGCCAUUAUUAUGAUAAAUUUUUUAGCUUGUUUGAUACCCAGGAAAUGUAUGUAAAUGCUUACCAAUGAUUGGGUAGUUAUUCCGAGGUUCAUGUAUCAGAUUCAGUUGUAAUUAGUGCAGAGUUUUCUUUAGCUGAAUACCUGGACUUGUGGCAGUCAAUCUCACUGUGGAGUUCCUGCAGUUUUCCAUGGAAUUUCUGCAGUCUUUUGUUGGAGUUUCUGCAGAAUUUCCGCAGUGUUUCCAUUGGAGUUUCUGCGGUGUUUCCACUGAGCACUCUGAGGCAGUGAAGCAUAUCAUGUGUAUUUGUACCUUGUUUUAUUGUUGCAUAUUAUGUAUAGAUUUAUCUGUAAAUAUUGUCUGUGUACAUAGCGGUAUCUCUUUCCUUCAUGGUGAUGUUACAUGUAGUAGUCUAUGGUCUUAUGUCAACUCCCAUUUGUUUCCCACUUGGUCAAGCAGCCACCUCCCUCCUUCCAUAGGGCACUGUGGGGUGGGGCUGAGGUAGCCAAGUGGUUGCUCAUCACACCUAAAGUCUGUGUUUGAUUCCCUGUUUAGGUACAAUGUUUGAAGCCCAUAUCUUGGGUUGCCCUCAAAAAUAUUGCUGAAAUAUUGCAAAAGCGGUGUAAAACCCAACUCACUCACUAACCCCAUAGGGCACUGUUUUACAGACUUUUAAAUGGUAGCAUAGGCUUACAGUAGUCCGAGCCCAUGGAUGGCUUACAGAGGUCUUCAUAUUGUUAACUGGAUAAAGAAAUCCCCAACAUACGUAAAGUGUUCUGUUCAGUAAUUGUGCUGAUUUGAUUCGGGGCGGUCGGGUAGCCUAGUGGUUAAAGCGUUCGCUCGUCACGCCUCAGACCCGGGUUCGAAUCCCGACAUGGGUACAAUGUGUGAAGCCCAUUUCUGGUGUCCCCCGCCGUGAUAUUGCUGGAAUAUUGCUAAAAGCGGCGUAAAAACUCACUCACUCACUCACUGAUUUGAUUCACAACUAAUUGCAAUAGGAAGACCAGACUGCUGCAGCAAUGAUGUCAUUGAUUGUGCAAUAUUGGAAUGAAAUGAUUUCAUUCGUUCAUUCAAAAUAGACAUCGUUCUCAUGUAGUUUCUAUUCAAGCCAGAUGUGAUUUCAGUUACAACCUUGUUAAGAAUAAUUACAAAAACUGGCUCCUGUGUGCCCGGGGGUCAGCUUGUCCACCAGUUGAUGAUGCAAGUCACUGUUAAACUCAUUUAUCAUAAUCGGUCGUAACAUUUGCUUGGCAGUGUGGUUUGCUACACAUGAGAGUUGAACAUAUUUAGUGUGGCGAGGAUGAAAGCGUGAUGCUCCCAUGUGUGUAAAUCAGAACAUCAUGUUGUACAUACAAACGUCUUGUGAUUUACUGAUCACUCUGUUAUCAUCAUCAGUGAUAGUUUCAUUACCCAUGAUGCAUUGUCAAAUCUUUUCCAUAUAUAUAUAUGUACUCUGACUGACGAUGUAAUCCUAUACGAGUCCUGUAUUUCCAGCGAUUGUCAACAUUCCAUCAGCCAUUUUAUACUUUGUUAGUUGUAUUUUAUAUCAUUGUCUUAUGUUUAGUUGAAGAUGUUGGUACCUCACUGUUAUGUUCAUGAAGUUGACGAAAAAUCAAAUAUUGACAAUUUUAGCUGCUCUUGUUGCUGAUUAGUCUUCUUAACCACAACAAAUUAAUAAAGUGCUUGUUGGCAUUUGGGGGCAAAAACAUGAGAUUGUUUUUCUUGGCAGAGUGUCAAGUUGUUUGGGCUUUUAUAUCAGGGUCAGAAUGGAAUGAAUUUUAGAAGCAAUAUUUCAUGAAGCAGAAAGCCUUGCUGCGCAGUGUUGGAUGUGCAGUCUGGAAGGUCUUGCAGCCGAGUGGUGCAGGCGUUGGCUACCGUAGACCGCAUUCUGUUCCCCUUUCUGGAUGUCAUUUAGCUGGGCUACAGCACCAACAACUCGUAGCUCCCCAUGAACGAAGACGGUCUCUUUUCACAGUUUUCCACCACUUGCGUUGGGCUCCAAGUAUCUGGACGAGUUUUAUCAGCCGCACAGUUUAUUUGUUUGUUGUGGUUUCUUGUUUAGUCUGGUUGUUGGCUUAGUGCAGUGACAGCCUUGUUUACAAACUAUCGCAGUUAUGUUUCCGACUAUGCUUGAAAUGUGGUCCAUGCUUCGUGGCUACUGAAAGACAACACGGUAAUGUGGUGUGGUCACUGGGCCUCAUGGUAGCUGCUCACACUCUGCAUAAUAUGACAUCACGCCCAGUCACAAUCCAAUUGAAUCCUAUUUUCAAGCAUGGUCAUUUAUCAGUUUUGAGGUUGUGUUGCCAUGUUUUACCAAGAUUUCCUAUUGUCCUGUAUGUGUAGUUUUGUCCAGGCCUCACAGUGUAUUGAUUAUGGUCGAAAUCAGUAUUGCCAUUUCAGAGAAAUGGUCUCUUAUUGUUAUGCAAGAACUACAUACUGUCAGAUCUUCCUAUAUCAGUGAUGGUGAUUAAAACAGUGAUAUACUAUCA